GAUUUAGUUUCAUGGUACUAUCAUUUUUGCUUCUGCUUUUUCAGGUGGUGGAAAAAUUUAGACUUCGUAAAUAAACUACCUUUUGCAAGGGAUAGAGUGGUGGAGUGCUACUUUUGGAUGAUGGGUGUAUGCUUUGAGCCUCAAUAUUACUUUGCUAGGAUGAGUCUAACUAAAGUGAUUACCUUGACUUCAAUUAUGGACAACAUUUAUGAUAUCUAUGGUACCUUCGAUGAACUUGUGCUCUUCACUGAUGCGAUUGAGAGGUGGGAAAUAAGAGCCUUGGAUCAACUUCCAGACUAUAUGAAACUAUACUAUCAAGCCCUUUUAGAUGUUUAUAAUAUGAUCGAUGAUGAGAUGGCUAAGGAAGGAAAAUCAUGUGCGACCGACUAUGCAAAAACUUCAAUGAAGAACUUAGCAAGAUCAUACAUUAAUGAAGCCAAAUGGUUUCAUAGCGGCUAUGCUCCAAGUGUUGAAGAGUAUAUGAGUGUUGCACUAGUUUCUGGGGGUUACGAAAUGCUUGCAGCCACUUCCUUCCUUGGGAUGGGAGAGUUGGCGACCAAAGAGGCCUUUGAAUGGGUUUUAAGUGAUCAUUUAAUUAUUCAAGCUGCAUCAGUGAUCUGUAGACUCAUGGAUGAUAUGGCUAGCCACAAGUCGUGCAGAUUAUGUCAUAUUGUAAUUGUAGGUCGAGCAACAGCGGGGGAUGCACCAUCAGCAGUUGAAUGCUAUAUGAAACAACAUGGUGUAACAGAGGAUGAGGCACUUGUUGAACUUCGAAAGCUUGUUACAAAUGCAUGGAAAGACAUGAACGUAGCAUGCCUCCACCCAAUUGAAACCCCAAUCCCUCUCCUGAUCAUGAGAGUUCUAAACCUUGCCCGGGCGAUAGAUGUUUUAUACAAGGAUGAAGAUAAUUACACAAAUCCCGAGACCAAGCUCAAGGGCUACAUUACCUCGGUGAUCAUCAAUCCUUUACAAAUCAACUAG